AUGAGACUCCCGACACUCCUCCUAGCGGCCGCCGCGGUGGCCCGAUCCUCGCUCGUUGACAGAGGGCAGGUUGUCAGUCUCGGAGGCAUCAACUACUACGUUGGCGGCAUCGUGGUUGGCCAGCUUGGAAGCGGCUGCACUAAAAAGGCCAUUCUCUCUGAAGCGGCCAUUCCGGGACUCGACUUAUUCCCGAUGACUAUUUUGGAGACUUCUGCUGAAUACGCUAGUGAUGACGACGUUUUCCAGCCCGCCUUCCUCGAGACGAUCUACCUUCAAUCUCGUGGCUCCAAGCCCCCGACGGUAAACAGCUCGGUGCUUUUAGAGCAUCUUGAGGAGCUUAACACGACUCUCUUCGUAUCCUCCGGCGGCAUCCUCGGCAGCGAAGACAAAUUCGUUACCAGCACCAUCAGCCCCAGUCUUCCCAAGGGCCCCUACUUCGUCUCUGCUCUCACCGGAAGCAUCUUCAAGGCCCAUAGACUUUAUGAUGACGAUUACUUGGCUUUCGUGCAGGGUGUCGUCAGCGAUGAGGCAGGCAGCUACUUUUCUCUCCCGGCUGUUACGCAGAAUGUCAUGGCCAAGUCCAUCGCUGUCCCGUCCAGGCUCUACUAUACCCAGACGGACGAUCAGCCGCUCGCCGGACUGCGCUUGGGUGUCAAAGACAUUUUCCAUGUAAAGGGCGUGGCCACCAGUGGUGGAAACCGGGCUUACUUCUACCUAUACGGGAAUCAAAAUAACACGGCCCCUUCGAUCCAACGCUUGAUUGACCUCGGCGCGGUGCUGGUUGGCAAGAUGGGAACGGUGCAAUUCGCCAACGGCGAUAGGCCGACAGCUGACUGGGUCGAUUUGCACUCGCCCUUCAAUCCUCGAGGAGACGGAUAUCAGGUUCCCAGUGGAUCAUCUUCAGGACCGGGUGCUGGUAUCGGCGCCUACGAGUGGCUCGACUUGGCCGUCGGUAGCGACACCGGAGGAUCGAUGCGUGGACCUGCCGGCUCCCAGGGGGUUUUUGGCAACCGGCCGUCGACUGGUGCCAUUUCGUUGGAGCAUGUCAUUCCGUUGAGUCCUGUCUCGGACACAGCUGGAAUUUUUGCCAGGAGCGGCAAGCUCUGGGCCCGAGCAGUUCAGGCAUGGUAUCCCGACUUCCAGUCUAAUUACAGUUCCUAUCCCCAGUCCAUCUACCGACCCACCGUCAUGCAAGGCGCCUGGUCCGGCAGCCCAGCGACCCCAGAGGCGGUCGCACUUAUGAGUGCCUUUGUCACAGGUCUUGAGGAUUUCCUCGGGGUUACGUCUACUCCGGUCAACUACACCCAGCGCUGGAGUGAGAGCCAUGGCGAUGCCCCUGCCAGCCUUGCCGAUAUGCUCUACCUCACCUAUGGAGUUAUGGUCUCCCACGACCAGUGGCAGAUGCUCGGAAAGCCCUUCUUCGACGAUUAUGCGGCAAAGCAUGACGGGCGGACGCCGUAUAUCAACCCCGGACCUCUGGCGAGGUGGCGAUGGGGCCAGGCCAAUGCCACGGACGAAGUGUACGCCCAAGGCUUGCGCAACAUCUCCACCUUCAAGAACUGGUGGGAGACGGAAGGAUUUGGUCGCCACGACCCCGAGUCCUGCUCCGAGGGUGUAUACAUCUAUCCGUGGUCUACGGGCGACCCGGCCUACCGCGACGAGUACAACUUUGCCGCUCCAUCAAGACCACCUCUUGGGUUCGACGAUUCAUCCAUCCCGGUCAUGGCUGGAGCCCCAGAGGUCGUUGUGCCCAUCGGUGAAGUGCCCUUCAACAGCACGAAGACGAUGCACACCGAGUACCUGCCGGUGACCAUGGGCCUCAGGAUGGCACGUGGCUGUGAUGAUGUUCUCGCAAGGCUCGUCGGCGAUCUCGAGGACGCAGGGGUCUUACGUGCGGUUUCUGCCGGGAAAAGACUUUACCCUUAA